AGCUCGAUGAGGAACCAGAAGAUUGAGCGGACAUGGGUCGAUGUCGGCGAAGGCUUUGUCCGGCGCUGGCGGGUUUUCUUUACUCGCCUUGAAACUCGCCAUGCUCUUGAUGCAUCGAAUCCAGCACACUUAUGGCUUGUGCAGAAGCUGUUCCUUGACGACAUCAAUGAGGAUGCAGACAAUUGGGUCAAGCACUGGAAUGCACAUGCUGUAUCUGGGAAACAUCGUAAUCAAACACCAUCGGAUAUGCGCCAUUUGGCACGAGUCACUGUCGGCACAUAUGAAGACAAAUACAAAAACGACGAUGUCAAUGACCUCACCGAGUACUAUGGUGUUGACGGCACCCCGAAGCGCCGCAGGCUCGGUCAGACGGGUGCAGGGCACUCAGCGGACACGGAUGACGAAGACGAGCCAAUGGAGGACCAGUCCGAUGGCGAAGCAGAGGAUGCUUCUGAUGAUGAUGGUGACGAUGAAGAGUCAAAUAUCCGCCAUGCUGCUGUCAAAGUGGCACGUCACGCAAACCCGUUUCGUGAUGAGGACAAGGAGGAUGCUUUUUGGGCUACCUUGCAGGAGAUCUCCGCCCUCAAUUACCUUCCUCGCAACCUGAAUAUCCGCAACGACGAGUGGGACGACGAAGGCUACCCUACAUAUGAAGACCUUGCCGUCGGAAAGCGAAAGCAGUCUCUGCGCGUCGAGCUACCACAUGCCUUGUGGCUUCCCCGCGCAGAGAUUUGGUGUCGCGCAGUAUCAAUUCUCACUCGGGUGCUUGACGAAGAAGAG